AUUCCGUCCAUAUACUGACAUCACUUCUUCCUGCGAGGGUCAUUCUGGUGGGACACUGCUCUCUUGUUACGACUUAACGCAGGAUUUAUGUGUAAUUUUGUGUUAGAGCAAUCAUGGCUGCAAUCUGACGUAUCAAAAUUAAAUUGUUUAUAACGAAAUUAAUUGCCCUCAUUAGUGGAUUUUAUACAUAAAGCACGAAAAAUAGGUCACGAACGUCGUUUUGCAGAUAGUGGUUUUAGUCGUCAGUAAGUCGUAAGUCGUACAAGGAAACAGUAUUCUGUUGUGGGGAAAAGUGUUUUUUGUUUGUUUUUUCGAUGUUGUGAGAAAAAUUGCUUCGUAUAACGUCUGUGGUUUAUUUUUCUCGGAGAAUUCGUCAAAACUGUUUCCGCGUUUAAUCAGGAAGAGCUGAAUGUUUGGGUGCAUAAAUGGAAGUACUGCCCAGGUUAUCUCAUGUGGAGUGAACUGACAUAUUUUGAAUUCGAUAAGAAAUCGUGAAUAUUUGUUAAUUUUCUCUCACCGAAAUGUCACGGAGAACUGAAUCGACGUCAUCGAAUCGAUAUUUGGACGUUAUAUUCAAGAACGUCAUAUACACUACUCCAACAUGGAACAAGAAAGAAAAAAAGCAGGUAUUGAAAGGUGUGUCAGGUCACUUCAACUCCGGAGAACUGACGGCGAUCAUGGGACCUUCUGGUGCUGGAAAAUCUUCGCUGUUGCGUGUUCUAACAGGAUUUAUUACGAAAGGAGUGCAAGGCAGUAUCAAAUACAAUGGUGUUGACCUAGGAAGCAAAACGGGGAAGAAGGAGACAUGUUACAUCAUGCAAGAAGACUGUCUUGCGCCUCUGUUCACAGUUUACGAAAUAAUGACAAUAUCCGCGAACUUAAAAUUGGGGCGAAGCCUCUCUGCAAAGGCGAAGCAGUUGUUGGUAGAAGACAUUCUCGACAUGAUGGGUUUGACUAAAUGUAGAGACACGAGAUGUAACAAGCUGUCUGGAGGACAAAUGAAACGACUUUCCAUUGCCCUGGAACUUGUCGAUAAUCCCCCUGUCAUGUUCCUGGAUGAACCAACCACGGGACUGGACAGUGUAGCGUCCCUACAGUGUGCCAAGGUCUUGAAAGCGCUAGCAAGAGGUGGUCGUACUAUCAUUUGCACAAUUCAUCAGCCGUGCGCCUCCAUUAUGAGCUUGUUUGAUCACGUGUACAUCUUGCGCGAUGGCCAGUGCGUGUAUCAAGGUGCUAGUUACAACAUGCUUCCAUACCUGAGACAAUUCGGAUUACAGUGUCCCAAAUAUCACAAUCCAGCCGACUUCAUGAUGGAGGUUGUGUGUGGAGAUUACGGCACGUAUCACCCUCAGUUGAUUCAGGCUGCUGAAAAUAACAUUUGGAAGAAAUCAAGACAUAUACCAGCAGUUGAACCAGUGGAAGAGUUUGGUCAAAAUAAACCAAAGGAAUGUUUGGAGAAAACUGUAGUUGCUAUUCAAACACCAAAUGAGUAUCAGAAAUUCUGCAUCCUACUCAAAUCCUAUUAUAUGCAGUUUUACAGAGAUUGGACGAUGUCUCACCUGAAGGUUCUGUUGCACAUCUUAGUUGGAGGGCUCUUAGGAGCAUUGUUCUUAGAUGGUGGCAACAAUGGAUCAAGAACAAUCAGUAACCUCGGAUAUCUUUUCUGCUGUGUGGUGUAUCUCAGCUAUACAACAAUGCUACCUACAAUAAUAAGAUUUCCUUUGGAACGUGACAUAUUGGUGAAAGAAGAAUUCAAUAAUUGGUACAAAUUGAGGACGUACUUCAUGGCCAUCACUGUUUCUAGCAUACCGAUACAACUAUUGUUCUGUAUGGUUCACAUAUCUGUGUCGUAUUUCCUGUCAGGACAACCCUUGGAAUGGCAGCGGUUCACCAUGAUGCUUUUUAUGUGCUUCAUGUGCGUUCUUACAUCAGAGAGUUACGGUCUCUUCUUUGGAACUCUUUUCACUCCUGUCACAGGGACUUUCUGUGGGGCUCUCUGCACUGCAUACAUGGUCCUGUUUUGUGGUUUCCUCAUCCUGUUCACGCACAUGCCGGAAUACUUGUAUUGGUUGUCCUACACUUGUUUCUACCGAUACUGUCUAGACGGAAUAAUCUCCUCGAUAUAUAGCUACGAUCGACCAAAACUCGUGUGUCCUGAUAAUGUCAUAUAUUGUCAUCUCAGUAGUCCUGAGUACAUCCUAAAAGAAAUGGGCGUAAGAGGAGAUGAUUACUGGUUCGACAUCGGCAUACUGAUUCUGAUGAUCGUGUUCAUAAGAUUUGCAGCGUACUGCGCUUUGAAGAGAAUGUUGAGUGAUAAGUGAAGUUGUAAGCAGAUGCGAGUGCGGCGAAACAAAAUUUUGAGGUUAUGAUAUCCCUGUGAUGCAAGGAAGUUUUGUACGAGGACGUGCCUACUGAUUUGUAUGCAUUCGUACAGUGAUGUAGCACUAUAAUGAGAUUCAGUACGGUGAAAUUACUUUUAAAGAGUAGCAGAUGAUGUGUGUGUGUGUGGACUGUACUGAGGUACAGAGUGUCAAAUGGUGUGAUAUUACGCGACAGUGAAUAUUUUAGUUAGAGAAGAGAAUUUUGAACAAAUAACUGCAUAAUCCUUGUGAAGGGUCUUGCAUCAUUGAGUUGAAAAAACAUUUAUUGAGAGACAUAGGUCGUUGAUCGUCUGUCUCAGCGAAGACAUCUUCGUAAGCGGAUCAUAGUGUACGGAGCCGUGGGGAGAAGUUCAUUCUUCAUCCAUCCUGAAGUUGCAUGUGAUAUUGCGAACCACGACCCAGAAGACCAAAAUCUUUAUUUUGAUCACUGUGAAAACCUCAAAUCAUGUGUAAAAGUUUUUUCUUUUUUGAAGCAGUAAAAAUUUAACAAAAUUCACGUACCUGUACUGUAGCUUCUGCGCGGUAAUGAACAUAAAUUUUAUUUUAAAUUUAGGUAAGUUUACUUAAAAUUUGUGUUCAUUUUAAAUUUAUGAAUAUCAUUGAAUACCAGUAACGUGAUUCGCAGCUGUGUACUUUCAUCGGCUUGCCCUCGCUUGAUUUCGACCGAGUUUAUUAAACUUCGUACGCGACACGACGUGUAACUUUGGAGCAUCCCGUAACCGGCAUUUUGGAUUCCUCGCUGGUAUUGCAGGAAUUCAAAUGUUGCUGUUCACAGUAUUUAUUACGUAAUAUGAUAAACGCGCGUUUCUGUGCGUCAUACGUGACUGGACGAGUUCUCGGAAUGCGGCCUUGCGACAAGAUGUUCCGCCGUCUUAGAAGUACUUCUAAAACAGAUAAAGCUAAGAAAGGGAUGAAAUAAAUUAUCGUCUUUGAGGUUCAGCUGAUUUUUUCAACAGUAAUUUGUAAUGUACGAAGAAAAAUAAUGUACCGGAGGACCGACGGAUCCAUUCGUAGUAAUAUGUCAGUAAAGUCACUAGUUAUCAUGGUUUAGGGCUGUUGCAGUUUAAGUACAUUUCACCACAAAAAUCUUUUUAGGGUAGAUUUUCCUCCCCCGCUUAUGUCAGCUAAAAAAAAUUUUGAAACAUUUCUUUGAGUAUGAAAGUUUAAUUGUAAAAGUUAUAAAUAUUUCCAAAAAAGGAUAACGAGAAAUUUGUGUAGGCAUUUAAUGAGUGCGUAUGUACCGUGUAAUUAGGUUGUUACUUAGUUUUGGCUAUUAGGAAAAUCAGGUCGUUGUUAAGGAAACGUGUUACGACGAAAGGGGUGGAGAAGAUAGAACUGUCAAAACAUCAGGCCAAAUGGCAGCUUCUGGUAUUAUUCUUCUUCUACGGCUUUCCGGUCCGUGUUCGGUCCA